UCUUUCCUUUCCCCCUCUGCUAGAAGUUCUGGGAAGUUCGGUGUUGCUUUCCCGAGGUCCAAGCCCCGAGGCAGGCGCCCAGCCGCUCUUCAGGGGACCUUGGGAGCUGCAACUUGAAGGAAUCUCAGGCUGCGGAACCGAUGUCAGCCAUGCUUCCAGAAUCUUCUGUCCAUUGUCAACAGCAAGAAAGAAUGAAAGGAUCUCUGAAGCUGGUGUCAUUUGAUGAUGUGGCUGUGGACUUCAGCUGGGAGGAGUGGCAAGACCUGGAUCAUGCUCAGAGGACCCUGCAUAGAGAUGUAAUGCUGGAGACCUACAGCAACCUCUUGUCCUUAGGACACUGUGUUCCUAAGCCUAAAUUGAUUGCCAAGCUGGAGCAAGGUGCAGAACCAUGGAUAAGAGAAGCCUCAGACAAGAAUCUCACAGAUAUCCAAGAAAAGGAGUACAGGACUAAGACCUGUCAGCAGAGUCCCUACGAUUGUCUGUCUGAAGUGGGAGUCAUGAAUACUAACACAGGGGAGAAAAAUGUGAAAUUAAUAACAACUUUUAAUUUGAGAUCAAAACCUAAAUCAGAGCUGAUUAGGAAUAAUAGGAACUCCUUAGGAAUAAGGACAGAGGAGUUCAUGCAGUGUCAGAACAUGCUUCUCCAUGGCGAGCCUGACGGUAUAUGUGCUGCUUACAGUCCUGGAGUAUCUCCUGUACUUAAAGAAUCUAACCAAUAUGGACAUUCUGUCACCAGGAAGACACACCUUACUGUCCAUCAGAGAACACACACAGGAGAGAAACCUUAUGAAUGUAACCUGUGUGGAAAGUCUUUCACUCGGAAGGCACAGCUUACUGUCCAUCAGCUAACACACACAGGAGAGAAACCUUAUGAAUGUAAUGUGUGUGGAAAGUCUUUCACUCGGAAGGCACAGCUUACUGUCCAUCAGCUAACACACACAGGAGAGAAACCUUAUGAAUGUAAUGUGUGUGGAAAGUCUUUCAGCCAGAAGGUACAACUUACUGUCCAUCAGACAACACACACAAGAGAGAAACCUUAUGAAUGUAACGUGUGUGGAAAGUCUUUCAUCCGGCAGGGAAACCUUACUUUUCAUCAGAAAAUUCACACAAGAAAGUCACUUUAUGAAUGUAACAAAUGUGGAAACUCUUUUCACUUGAAGGCAUAUCUUACUGUCCAUCAGAGAACACACACAGAUGAGAAACCUUAUGAAUGUAACAAAUGUGGGAAGUCUUUCACCCAGAAGAAAACCCUUAAUGUCCAUCAGACAACACACACAGGAGAGAAACCUUAUGAAUGUAACCUGUGUGGAAAGUCUUUCACUCAGAAGGCACAGCUUACUGUCCAUCAGCUAACACACACAGGAGAGAAACCUUAUGAAUGUAAUGUGUGUGGAAAGUCUUUCAGCCGGAAGACACACCUUACUGUCCAUCUGACAACACACACAGGAGAGAAACCUUAUGAAUGUAAUGUGUGUGGAAAGUCUUUCAGCCGGAAGACACACCUUACUGUCCAUCUGACGACACACACAGGAGAGAAACCUUAUGAAUGUAAUGUGUGUGGAAAGUCUUUCAGCCGGAAGACAACCCUUAAUGUCCAUCUGACAACACACACAGGAGAGAAACCUUAUGAAUGUAACCUGUGUGGAAAGUCUUUCACUCGGAAGGCACAGGUUACUGUCCAUCAGCUAACACACACAGGAGAGAAACCUUAUGAAUGUAGUGUGUGUGGAAAGUCUUUCAGCCAGAAGGCACACCUUACUGUCCAUCUGACAACACACACAGGAGAGAAACCUUAUGAAUGUAACCUGUGUGGAAAGUCAUUCAGCCUGAAGUCAUACCUCACUGUCCAUCAGAGAACACACACAGGAGAGAAGCCUUUUGAAUGUAUCCAGUGUGGGAAGUCUUUCACCCAGAAGGCAAACCUUACUGCUCACGAGAGAACACACACAGGUGAGAAACCUUAUGAAUGUAACCUGUGUGGAAAGUCUUUCAUGCGGAAGUCAAAACUUACAUAUCAUCACCGAAUACACAUAGGAGAUAAACCUUACGAAUGUAAUGUGUGUGGAAAGUCUUUCAUCCAGAAGGCACACCUUACUGUCCAUCAGACAACACACACAAGAGAGAAACCUUAUGAAUGUAAUGUGUGUGGAAAGUCUUUCAUCCGGAAGGCAAACCUUACUUUUCAUCAGAAAAUUCACACAAGAAAGACACUUUAUGAAUGUAACAAGUGUGGAAAAUCUUUUCACUUGAAGGCAUACCUUACUGUCCAUCAGAGAACACACACAGGAGAGAAACCUUAUGAAUGUAACAAAUGUGGGAAGUCUUUCACCCAGAAGACAACCCUUAAUGUCCAUCAGACAACACACACAGGAGAGAAACCAUACAAAUGUAAUAUAUGUGGAAAGUCUUUCACCCAGAAGGCACAAAUUAAAAUCCAUCAGACAACACACACAGGAGAGAAACCUUAUCAAUGUGAUGUGUGUAGAAAGUCUUUCACCCAGAAAGGAAACCUUAGGAUCCAUCAGACAACACAUACAGGAGAGAGACCUUAUGAAUGUAGCACGUGUGGAAAGGCUUUCGCCCGGAAAACAUACCUUACUAUCCAUGAGACAAUACAUGCAGGAGAGAAACCUUAUGAAUGUAAUGUGUGUAGAAAGUCUUUCACCAUGAAGUCACAACUUACUGCCCAUCAGGCAACACAUACAGGAGAGAGACCUUAUGAAUGUAGGAGGUGUGGAAAGUCUUUCACCAAGAAAAUCGGCCUUACUUUCCAUGAGAGAAAACACACGGGAGAAAAACCUUAUGGAUGUAGCUGGUGUGGAAAGUCUUUCAUGCAGAAGUCGAUCCUUAAAUCACAUCAGAUAAUACACACAGGAGAGAAACCUUAUGAAUGUAUGGAGUGUGGAAAGUCUUUCAGGUGGAAGGCAGCCCUUAACAUCCAUCAGAUAAUGCACACAGGAGAGAAACCUUAUGAAUGUAACAGCUGUGGAAAGUCUUUCACCAGGAAGGUAUACCUUACUGACCAUCAGAGAACACACACAGGAGAGAAACCUUUUGAAUGUGACCUGUGUGGAAAGUCAUUCAGCCACAGGGGAAACCUUACUGUCCAUCGGAGAACACACAGGAGUAAAACUUUAGGAAUGUAACAGCUGUGGAAAGAGUUUCACACAGAAGUCAACCCUUAUUUUUCAUCAGAGAGCACAACACAGGAGAGAAGCCUUAUGAAUGCAACAAAUGUGGAAAGAACCGUCCACAGGAGGCCACAGCCUAGCAUAUAAGAAAAUUCACCCAAAUGAUAAAUCUCUAGAAUGUAACAAGUAAGGAAAGUCUUUCAUUUGGAAGAGAAGUCAGUUUGCAAUAGAGAACAACCCACACAGGAUACAAACCUUAUCAAGGUAGAAAUGUGGAAUUCUUCAACCAGAAGGCACAGCUCAGGGUACAUCAUUGAACACACACACACAUGAGAAAUCAUAGCAAUGUAAAACAUGUAGAAAGUUUUUCAAAAAUGUUCUCAGUACUCUGUCAUUCUUCCCUGAAUGUCCAUCUUCUAAAAUUUCUCAAGUUCCAUUUCUAACAUUCUCUAUUGGGAGAUCUACAAGAAGAUGAUUAUGUCUAAUUUCCUGUUUCAUGAAAUUCUAGGAUGGUAUUUACCUUUUUCCUUUUUCUUUGCUGUUAGUUUCAUUUGAACUCAUGGCCCUUUACUUCCCUUUGGCUUUUAUUCUCAAGCUUAGCACUCUACCUUUUGUGCCACAUCUCUAAUUUUGAGGUUGUUGUAUUUAGUAUCAUGACUCCUAUCAUUGGGAAGCAGUCUACUUUCUUGAAAGGUGUUUACAAAACUUAUGUAAGUAAAACUGAAAUGUUAUAAAUUAGGAAAAUAAGUAGUUUCAUAGAAUCUAUAAAGAAAUUGAGUGAUUUAAUGGAAUUUUGUAACAUUUGAAAAUGAGAAAUAUUUGAGAAUUAUGGAUGAGUAAUAAAGUUGAUUUAGUAAAUACUUAUAUGUGGUGAAAUUCAAUAAAAGUGACAUAGAGUCCAUUCAGAUUUUA